AUGGAAGCAAGAAUGACCAAGAGACUCCAAAAGGAUUUGGAAGCUAUGCAAAAAAACUAUAAAGAUUAAUUUCAUGUAACUUUGCCCAACAACGAUUUGAAACUCUGGCACGUUGAAUUCACUGCUGCCUAAGGCACCGUUUUCUAAGGAGAAAAGUUCAAAUUAUAAUUCAAGUUCUCUCCAGAAUAUCCCAUCGAAUCUCCUGAGGUUAUUUUUAUUGGUAAAAUCCCUGACCAUGAGCAUAUUUAUUCAAAUGGAUUUAUCUGCUUAUCAAUUUUAUAUGAUGAAUGGAGUGCUGCUUUGACUGUUUCUUCUGUUUGCUUAUCUAUUUUAUCUAUGCUUUCUUCUGCAACCAAAAAGGGAAGACCAUUUAAUGAUGCUGAAUUCUGUAAAAGAUCACAAGGUAGAGGUCCCAAGGCUUUCUUAUGGAGUUACGAUGACGAAAAGUGCUGA